CCAGCGGUGGUGGGGGCUGGGCCCAGGGCUGGGGCCAAGCCUGGGGUUGGGACCGCUGUAUGCAAUGGGAACCAGGGCCUGGAGAGGGGGCCCAGGCCCCAGCGUUUGACUGCCCAGUCUGGUGUGUCCUCUGCCGGGGAUGCAGGGCCAGGCUCAGGGAGGCCUGCCAGAGAGGGAGGGGGGCCAUCAGACUGCCCACAGACAUGCUUAGCAUCAAACUCCCCCAGCUCUUCGACAUCCACCAAGUCCCCAAGGUGUUCCGAGAGGAUGGCAUCAUCUCGGGAUACCGUCACCCCCAAAGCUCCGCCCUGGACUGCAUCCUUAGCAGCUUCCAGAUGACCAAUGAGACAGUCAACAUCUGGACCCACUUCCUGCCCACAUGGUACUUCCUGUGGCGCUUCAGCGUCCUGUGCUCCACACUGAACUUCCUGUCGGAGAGCUACACCUGGCCGCUGCUGGUGUACAUGCUGCUGAUCUGUGUGUACCCAUUCACCUCCAGCUGUGCCCACACCUUCAGCACCAUGUCCCCCGAGGCACGCCACAUCUGCUACUUCUUUGACUACGGCGCCCUCAGCCUCUACAGCCUGGGUUGUGCCAUAACGUAUGGCUCCUAUGUGAUGCCUGACUGCUGGGUCAACAGCUGGCUGCACCAACACUUUGUGCCCAUCGCCAUCUGCAACACACUAUUCUGCACCAGCCUGUCCUGCUAUUCUAGAUUCCUGGAGAUGCAGUUUCCUCAUCGCAGUAAAGUUCUCCGGACAGGGGCAUUUGUCUUUCCAUUCAUCUUUGACAACAUCCCUCUAUUUUACAGACUGCUGCUGUGCUGUGGGGGCAGCUGCUGUCACAGUGAGGCCCUGCCCAGUCACUGUUACCACCUCCUCUUCGCCUUCCUCACCUGCUUCCUGUUUGCCUCACACCUCCCAGAGAGGCUGGCCCCGGGGCGCUUCGACUACUUCGGCCACAGUCACCAGCUUUUCCACAUCUGUGCCGUGGUGGGUACCCACUUCCAGAUGGAGGCGGUGCUAGCAGAUAUGACCUCACGCAGGGCGUGGCUCAUUGCGCAGGCGGCCGUACCCUCCUUCCUGAGUACCCUGGGGGCACUGGCCCUCAGCAUCAUCCUCAACCUAGGCAUCAUUGGCAUCUUCAGUGCCCCUCUGCUGUGGAACCCCCACCACAGUGCCAACCACCCACUGACACCACCCGCGAAACGCAAGCAACAGUGAUACUCCCCACAACCAGUGACCAACUAGUAUGUUCAAAUGUAAAGGGUUGGCUAAACCAUUAUCCCAGUCGUGAACUUUGGAAAUAAUAACGAUAAGAAGUUGUAUUCUACCUUUUAACACCAGUUAGUAUUUGUAUAAACCCAUUGGAUUAUUAUCACAGGAUGGUUUUUUCUACAUGUUAUUCUAUCGUCAUUAUAAGGUUUGUUUAGGAGUUUAUUAAUGUGUUCACUGUUUGAAGCCGAAUACCCAGCUAUUUUUAUGAAGACUUUCAGUUAUUCAGUAUCAUUGUUUACUGUUUAAAGUUGUGGAAGUAUUUCGAGUUAAAGUAUCAUAUGCCGACUUCUUUUCACGUAUACUUGAAAGGAUCUGGGUUGUAUGAAGCAUAUGUGAUGUCUAACAACACAUAAAAGUGCCUUCUUUUAUAUAUAGUUACCCAAAUGUUACCUAAGUAGUCGUAACAUUAUUUCUGGUUUGUGUACAUCUCAAACUGGAAAAAUCUUUAACUCUAAAUUUGCAGGGAAUUUUCAUAUUAAUAUAUAAGUAUUUAGCUACUGUUUUUCAAUUGUCCUAUAUAUUUGUAAGCCAUUAUUAGAACAUCUCAAAGCCCAUAUUUAAUAUGAAGUAUGACUAUCCAUUACAUGAUUCUCAUCACUAACUGGCCUACUUACUAUGAUUCCACCAUUUUGUUUUAAUAUUCAAUACCAUCUCAUUUAAAUCUCCACUAUGACUUGAAUAAAUGUACAGACCAGUGUAGUGCUCUCUCAGAUUAACCUUCUCUAAACGUCUACACUCUCAGAAAAAAAAGUGCUAUCUAGAACCUAAAAGGGUUCUUUGGCUGUCCCCCGUAGGAGAACCCUUAAAAUAACCCUUUUUUGGUUCCAGGUAGAACCCUUUUGAGUUCCUUGUAGAACCCUUUCCACAGAAGGUUCGACAUGGAACCCAAAACAUUUCUAUCUGUAACCAAAAAGGUUCUACCUGGAACCAAAAAGGUUUUCCCUAUGGGGACAGCCAAAGAACCCUUUUGAAACCCUUUUUUCUAAGCGUGUACCUGAAAGCUACAGCACUGUACCAUGUCUAUGAUUAAAAGACAGGUGCCAUUUUACAGAGGUACGUUUCCAUGGAAACUCCAUGGUUCUUUGCAGUUUGUGUUCCUGUGAAUGCUCAGUCACUUUAAUUGUUCUUUGGAGUACUCUUAGUUGUUACAUCUACAACAUACAUUAAUGGUCAUUGGAUACAUUUUUUGAAACACUACGUGUUGUUUAAAUGUCAGGGAAUUACUGAAAUUCUCCCUAAAACAUACCCAUCAUUGUAACAUCGAUAGGACAUACCAAAUGAUCUUGUUUAUAACAGCUAUCUGAUGGAAGAAAUAUUAGAUGAUGCACAACAGAACUGAAUGAGUGUUGUCUCCUCAUCUCCCAGGCAUGUGGAUGUGGUCAGUGGAGGUCAAAGGGUCUUGGCACUGUCGUAUUCAUGUGGUAUCGUGGUGGUCAUUGCAGGUUUAUGGCAAACCAAUACACCACUCACCCCAUGCUGAUAUAACGUUGUCAGUGGCUAUUGUUUACAUGUAUCCUUGAAAAAGAGUGUGGUAUCUCUUGAGUAUUUCAUCCUUGUAGUAUAUAUAUAUAUAUAUAACAGCACUUACUGUUUCUGUUCAGUUGUAAAGCGUAGUGAAUAUGUACAGGUAACUGCCAAAAUAAAGAAAACCUCAACAUAAAGUAUCUUAAUAGGGUGUUGGGCCAUCACGAACCAGAACAGCUUCUAUGCCUUGGCAUAGGUUCACCAAGUGUCUGGAACUCUGUUGGAGGGAUGCGACACCAUUCUUCCACGAGAAAUUCCAUAAUUUGGUGUUUAGUUGAAGGGGUGGAAAAGGCUGUCUCAGGUGCCGCUCCAGAUUCUCCCAUGAGUGUUCAAUUGGGUUUAAAUGUGGUGACGGAGAGACACACACCCUUUAAGACCCCUCUUUCAAAGUCUCUGAGAUCUCUUCUAGCCAUGGUAGCCAAAAUAAUGGGCAAUAGGGCAUUUUUAUACAUGACCCUAAGCAUGAUGGGAUAUUAAUUGCUUAAUUAACUCAGGAACCACACCUGUGUGGAAGCACAUGCUUUCAAUAUACUUUGUAUCCCUCAUUUACUGAAGUGUUUCCUUUAUUUUGGGCAUUACCUGUAUAUUUGCAUGAUUAUUUUUGUAAAUGUUAUAGAUGAGGAAAAAUUAUUAAUUACAUCCCCAACAUCAUGUGAUCAUUUCUUGACAUAAUAGCCCUUACCAUGUACCACACUAGACCUAACACACACGUCAUUAUUUGAUCAUGUAGCUCUGUAUUCAGUGUGUAGGGGAGACCAGGGUUGAUUGUCACAGUGCUUAUAACUCCCAAACUAGAGGGUGCUGUGUAAUACUUUUAAGAUUAAAAUGUGUGAAUUCUUCAAAAGAACUAAUCCACCUGGUCGAUUCAUGUCAUCAUAACAAAACAUUUAGGUGAGGGUAUUUUUUAAAUUUUAAUUUUAAUUUAUAGGCAAAACUUUUUUUUUCAUCCAGUAUUUUUUUUUCAUUUUUCAUCCAAAAAUGAAUGUUUGCAUUAUGGGGGUAUACAUGUAAAAAAAAUAUAUAUAUAUUAUAGGGAGAGCUACAUUCCAUACUUAUUUCUGAGUUCCUAGGUCAAGCCAUGUGGUAGCAUGUAGCAUCUUAAUUAGCAUUGGGAUCUUUUGCUGUAAACCUUCCUUCCCGGAAGAUCAAAAUGUGUUGGGAAUAAUAUAUGUACGGUGGAAAGCGUUAGCACAUUGGGAAGAUGUCGCCGAGACAUCAGAAUAGAGUCUUGAUGCCUGGCCGACAUAUAUACUAUGUAGAACUGUAGAAUUUAGAAUGGAGAUAUUCUAAAACCAUCUGUGAGACGUCUUGCCAAUUAGCAAACAAUGUCUAAAACGGCAUCUUCCCGAUUCAUCAUUCAUCCAUUGUCCAGAGGUUUCUCUGCUAUCUGGGUUUGUUGCCUUUCUCUCCCAAACAUAUUUUCUCUGUCACACACCGACAAAUGUACACAUGUGUGUGCAACACACGCGCACACAAAUUGACUCAAAAUGUCAUAUGUUACCAUGCAUUUUGUUAGGAAUAUCAUUUGAUAAAAGAAAGGCUAUUUCUAAGACGCUGUGAACCAUAUUGCUUAAUUUCCUUUUACUAAAGGAAUAAACUAAUAGCUAACAUUGUGACAACCAACCCCAUCAGUGGAGGCUGCCUAGAGGAGAACGGCGCAUACUAAUGGCUGAAACAGAGUGACAACCCUGCGAUGGGGCUGGUUGUCACAAGUGGGCAGAGUGUGUUUGAUGGCUUAUUACUCCAUGUUGGAAUAAAACAUACUAGUAGGAUCCCUAUUUCAACCCAAGACCUUGGUCUUUCUGUUAAUGUUGAAAAGAGUCUUGUUAUAUAUACACACCAGAGUAAAACGUGUGACAACCAACCCAAGUCUCCCCUAAAGCCUUGGGUGGUUAUGAGGGAAUAGAAAGUGAUAUUGUGUCAGUGAGGGAAAUGGACUGUGUUGCAGGUUGAGCAGAGUGUACAGGCAGUAUAGGCAAACACACAUACACACAUAGACACACUUCAUUUUACUCCAACGAGAGCCCUAUUGUUUGAAACACAAUUUUUGUUUUGAGGGUUAGUGUAUUGAACACAGAGAGACCCAUGUAGUUGCCCUUUUCAUCAUCAUUAUACCACUCAGUUUUACACUAUUGAUUUUGGUAUGGUGCUUUCAUCGUCUUACAACUUGUGUCUUGGAAGUGGGUUGUGACUAGCGUGUGGCCGACCAUAUCGACCACAACUGUAUCUGAAUUGACAUAUUGUAGUGCUGAUAUACCUGCAGUUGGCGCAUAUAACCGAUUGUCCUUUAAGUUGUUGAAUAUUUGAAUGUUCAACUACAUUUCUAAACAUUCUGUUAUGCUUUUGUCAUUGAAAUCUACUUUCGUUCAAACUAGAUUAUCGCUGGGAAAAAAACAGUGAUGAAAAAUUAGUUCAAAUGCAUCUGUUUGUUUACUUCGAUCACUUUCAUGAAGCUAUGAGGAUUCCCAAAGUGUGUUCAUAUUGAAUGGCAUGUUACAGUAAGUAAAAUAGGAAGCUAUGCAAAGAUUUGGUUGGAUGACACAACAAACUACACACCAAGGAACUUCCAGUGACUCCUGAAGAGUGCUAGGUUUUAGGAAAGAGGGAAGAAGCGGUUUGAAUGAAUGUCUGUGCCUAUUUUCCUUUCAUACUACCUUUAAUUAAACGUUUAUUUUUAUUUAGCAUAUACGCUGUGUUUUGUGUGGAGAACAUAAUAUAGUUCCUGGGUAAAAAACUGAAGAGAAAAAUAAUGUCAUUGUUUGCUAUCUUGUUACUAAAAUUGUGUCAAUGCUGCCUUAUUGGAGUGUAUUCAUCACUGGAAUAAUUUCUCUAAUAAAAAUGACUUACCACAUA